UUAAAAAAAGUACAUUAACGUCACUAUUACUAAUAUUUGGCCUAUAGAAUAAAAUAUUGAAUUUCAAGUGUCAAAAAUAAAAUGUUCACUCGCCAAAUAUCAGGUUUAGGAAGUCAGACGCGACUGCUUUUCCCGAAAACAAUACAAGUUACUCACUCGAAGACAUGUCCUACAAAAAAGGGGCCCGUAUGCUCAGGGUCUGGUGGAAAAGAAACUGCUCCUAAUUAUUACGUUCCUGUAUUAAAGCGACAGUUAUUUUCUGGUAAAGUAAGAAUGGGUUUCAUACCUGACGAAUGGUUUUUGUUUUUCCAUUCAUGGACAGGUGUCUCUGGACCCUAUAUUUUUGGUAUUGUUGUUACCAAUUAUUUAGUUAGCAAAGAAAUUUACGUCAUGGAGCAUGAGUACUACAGUGGAUUAUCCGUUGCCUUAGUCUUGUAUUUGAUAUCUACUAAAUUAGGGCCUGGUAUAGGAGCUAAUUUGGAUAAACAAGUUGACGCUGAAAUAGCAAAAUGGGAGAAAGGGCGGACAGAUGAAAUAGAAUUUUAUGAAGAUGUUAUAAAAACAAGCAAGGAUGCUCAGUGGAGGGCAGAAGGACAGAAAUUAUUGAUGGAUGCGAAGAAAGAGAACAUAAACAUGCAACUUGAAGCAGUUUACAGAGAGAGGCUAAUGCAUGUUUAUCAAAUGGUUAAAGGACGAAUGGAUUAUCACGCAAAGAGGUAUCAAACCGAAGCACGUAUACAUCAGAAGUGGAUGGUUGGUUGGAUUUUGGAGAAUGUCCAAAAAUCUAUCACGCCAGAACUGCAACAGCAGGCGCUGCAGAGUGCUAUUCAAGAAUUAUCAGCUGUAGCCAGUCGUGCUAAUUAAACAUUAAAAUAACUUUGUAUUUUUUCACGCAUACUUCAGUGAUAUUUAUAUUCAUUACAUUAUGAACUGUCAAUUCAGAAGUCUCGUGAAAUUUAUCUGAUGAUAUAGUAAAUAAAUUUUUAUGUGCUGAGGGACUAUGGUUGGGACGUAUGGUGUAAAUUACAAC